AUGUCUACUCCAACAAAAUCAAUUCAAGUUACAUUAAAAAAUCCACCAACUGAAUUUAUAAAUCCAAAUUUUGGAGAAUCAAAUUCAACUUUUGCUAUAAAAGAACAAGAAAUCCCUGAUUUAAAAGAUGGAGAAAUAUUAAUUAAAACAAGAUUAAUUUCAAAUGAUCCAACUCAAAGAGGUUGGAUAAGAAGAAAAGGGUCAAAAAGAUAUUAUGUUGAUCCAAUUGAAAUUGGUAACCCAAUGGAAUCAUUAGCUAUUGGAGAAGUUUUAGAAAGUAAAUCUACCACUUACAAAAAAGGUGAUUUGAUAAAUGGGAAAUUCUAUUGGGCUGAUUUUGCUAUUGUUAAUGAAUCACAAAUUUUCAACAAAAUUGAUCAAAGUUUAGGAUUACCUUUAGAAUAUUAUUUGUCUGUUUUUGGUAUGACUUCAUUAACUGCAUUAUUUGGUUUAACAGAGGCUGGUGGAUUGAAAAAAUAUUUAGGUGAUGAAAAGCCAAAAGAUUUAACAGUUUUAGUGUCUGCUGCUUCAGGUGCUACUGGUUCAGUAGUUGUACAAAUUGCAAAACAUUUGUUAGGAGCAACUAAAGUUUUAGGGAUAUCAGGAUCAGAUGAAAAAUGUAAAUGGGUUGAAUCAUUAGGAGCUGAUAAAUGUUUCAAUUAUAAGGAUUCAAACUACCAAAAUCAAAUUUCAGAAUAUUUGGGUGAUUCUUUAGUAAAUGUUUAUUUCGAUAAUGUUGGAGGAGAGAUUUCAAAUUUUGCUUUAACUAAAAUGGCUAAAUUCGGUACAGUCAUAUCAUGUGGAUCUAUAUCAACUUAUAAUUCCUCAACUCCACCAUCAAUAACAAAUUGGGGAGAAAUUACAGUCAAUUCAUUAUCUGUUAAUGGAUUUAUUGUAUUUGAUUAUUUUGCAAAAUUUCAAGAAGGUGUACAAAUCUUAUCUAAUGCGGUAAAAGAAGGUAAAAUCAAAGUAACUAAUGCUUAUCAUGUCGAUAGCUUAGAAGGUAAUGAUGAAAUUGCUAAAUUUGAACAAAUUCCUAAGAUUUGGACUCAAUUGUUUAAUGAUAAUAAACCUAAUGGUAAAUUGAUUACUAAAGUUGCUUAA